GGGCAGUGACGCAUGACGCAGGGUAAACUGCGGUCGGUGACGGCGCCGGAGUGGAUGGCCCGGGAUUGGAGCCGCGACGUGGCGGCAGGCUGUGCUGGUGAAUUGAAGUUGACAGUGCAUUUUAUCCAUGUCUGCCUUCAUUGAGAGGUGGCUCCCGACAUAUUGGAAGUGGUCCCAGAGUCUUGCCAUGAAUCUUAAUCAUCAGAGAGCAGCACUGUACAGUGGAAGGCAGAUUGGUGGAGGACCUUAGUCUUGAGGAUAUUGACCGUAAAGUCCAUCUUCACAUUUGCUUCAGUGAACAAGUGGACGAUGGUUUGGACCUCGGCCUUCAAGUGUGCACAGAAGCGUGUCAUCUGCACACUGCUGCUCGACUAUUGAGUUGGGCGUUGAUGCUGUGGGGACAGCAUGCCAGCAUUAUGGGUGAGUUGUACCCUCGGCAUACUUGUGGCGGGUGUUGCCUUUGUCUCCUUGUGUGGAGCUGUGCCAUCAAACUACCUGCACCUUGAAUACUGUGUGAUCGGCGCAGGUCCCAGUGGCCUGCAGAUCGGUUACUUUCUGCAACAGUCCCAAAGACAAUAUCUGAUUUUUGAGCGCAGUAACAUCUCUGGGAGCUUUUUUGUACGUUAUCCCCGUCAUCGGAAACUCAUCAGUAUCAACAAGCGUUACACUGGGAAACAGAACAAAGAGUUUAACCUCCGCCAUGACUGGAACUCACUGCUCAGUCAUGAUGACAAUCUGCUGUACAAACACUACUCCAAAGAUUUCUUCCCUCAUGCUGACACCAUGCUCCAAUACUUGAAUGACUUUACAAGAACAUUUAAACUGAAGGUUCAGUACAACACAGAGAUAAAGUGGAUUGAAGCCAAAAGGGAUCCCCAGGCCUGGAAUGGGCUUUAUUUCUUUCUGACAGAUCAGAACGAUCAUCAUUACAGGUGCAGUGUCCUAUUAGUAGCAACUGGAUUAGGGGUACCCCAUGUGCCCGAUUUUCCAGGUUCUGAACAUGUUGAGGGCUAUGAGACUGUUUCUGUGGACCCGGAUGACUUUGUUGGGCAAUCAGUCCUCAUCCUAGGUCGGGGCAAUGCAGCAUUUGAGACAGCAGACAACAUUGCUGGAGUGACGAACUUUAUUCAUGCAGUGAGUCGGUCCCGAAUACGGCUUGCCUGGGCCACUCAUUAUGUUGGAGAUCUCCGGGCAGUGAACAACGCACUACUGGACACCUAUCAGCUGAAGUCACUGGAUGGCUUGCUGGAGGGAGACCUGGAAAACACUGUCCUAAUCCAAGACAAAAAGGGAAAGUUACACUUACGGCUAAGACAUCACUUUUUCAAGAACAACACCUUCCAAGAUAUGUCCUACAACAGAAAUGAGCAGCUCCUCCUGUCUGAAGAAGUGGCAGAUAACCUGGCGGUGCGUCUGCCUUAUGACCGUGUCAUCCGCUGCUUGGGGUGGAAAUUUGACUUUUCCAUUUUCAGCAAUCUUACUAAGCCUCAGAGAGGUCGAGGUCGCAUGAAUAAGUACCCACUGGUCAAAGCCACCUAUGAAGCAGAAAAUCUUCCGGGAAUGUUUAUUAUUGGGACAGCCAGUCAUUCCGUUGAUUAUAGGAAGGCAGCUGGUGGCUUCAUCCAUGGGUUCCGCUACACAGCCCGUGCAGUUCACCGUCUGCUGGAGCAUCGAUACCACGGUGUUCACUGGCCAGCCACUGUCCAGCCCAUCUCCCAGCUGACCAAUGCCAUCAUCAAGCGCAUCAAUGAGGCUUCCGGUAUUUAUCAGAUGUUCAGUGUCCUUGCAGACGUUGUGCUACUGCAGAAAAAUGCCACCGGGUUUGAGUACUUGGAAGAAUAUCCGGUUGGAGCACUUCCAUAUCUUUGGGAAAACACCGGGAAAAAUGCAGAAAAUGGACUGUUUGUUAUUAAUUUGGAAUACGGGAUCAACUUCUCCAAACCAGAGGCAGAUGUUUUCCAUCCUAGCCGUUCAGUGGGAGAGCCAAAGCAUGCAUGGCUCUCAAACUUUCUGCACCCUGUCAUCUACUUCUACAGACGCCUCCCAACAGAGACGGAGAUGAUGCAGAGACCGAAGCUCUGGCCGCUGCCACGGCCGAGACACAUCCAUCACAUUGUGGAAGACUUCCUGACGGACUGGACAGCUGCCAAAGCUCAUAUCCUGCCCCUGCGCCGCUUCCUGGAGACCUGCCUGGGCACUGACCUCAGAAACUUCUUUGCAGAAUCAUGCUUCAAGUUUGCUCUGACCAAUCAGCAUCUGCCACCCUUCUGUUACCAUGGUUACUUGAACAAGCAAGGGUUGCUGGGCAAUGAGAACUGGCAGCACACCUACAGCGGUGACGAGAUGGGCCAUCUUUCUGGUGUCUCCAUCGAGGAACACUCACACCAGCACCUGUCCAGUGAGCAGAGGGAGAAGCCGUUGCCCAUAACGACCACCUGAGCAACUGGCUGGUUGGAGGAGUUGCUAUUUAAUGGUCUGACCACCAGUGCACCAUAACCAGGUGAGGCCCAAGUCCACUCAGUUUCUCCUCGUUACAGAACUGAUUCCAGCAACUUCAAUGCUGCUGUUAGAAAUAAGGAAUUUGCUAAACUUUUGUACAAUAAACCAAGACACUGCAAAUAAGGGACAUUCAAAACAAAAAUACAGAAUGCUGGAAUUACUUGAAGGUCAGGCAACUUCUCCAGAACCCAACCCAGUUAACUGCACCUCUCUCUGGAGGUCUUGCCAGGCCUGCUUAGAUUUUGUGCAAUGUAAUAUUUACACAUGAAAUGUCAAGCCAAAAAUAUUUAUCCAUUUAGCAGGGAGAAUUUUUACAUUAUUAGAUUUGCUACUUGUUGGGGCUUUCCUGAAACAUUUUUAAGAAGUUUCUUAUUGCAGGUUUGAUUCCCCCAAUGCAAUGUUUACACGGCAGACUUCUGCAUCCAAGUCAAACCAGGUAUUAAAAGGUUUUAAAGAUAGGACAUGCAUGUCAUGUACAGCAGAUCCAUUAGCGUCACUGGUUGGCGGAUUGUGAUGUUUUGGCUUUAACCCAAAGUCACUAAAGGAGAUUGAGCAUUGUUGCAGUUCAGUGUGGGCGAGCUUGUUCACUGUUUUCUACAUUCCAAAAGGGACUACCUCAUGAGAUUUGAGAAGACGCAAAUGAAUACAAGUCAUUUCUUGUUUCUGUUUUGGGGCUUGUCUUUGUUUAUGACUGGAGGUCUUAUACGAUGGGCUUGCUGGAACUGUGGUUGAGUUCAACUCAGCCUGGUUCUGGUGACCAACACGCAGAGCCAAGGGGCAGUACAACACAGGCUUGGACCUGCUCUCCUCGCUGACCAUCCCCAACCGCUCCCCCCCACCCACCCCCCCCCCCCCAACACCUUGCUUAUCUCAUUUGAAGAACUUCAUAUAUAACUGUAAUGCCAUUAGGUUCCUGCAGGUGAUGCUACUGAGCUAUUAUCAUUAAUGGACGUGGGUAAAUUCUGGGCUAUGUGCCAAAUAAUCUGUUAGGAGGAUAUGAAUCAGCAAAGACUUGGCAAAUGGAGGGGGUGUAAAAUGCCUCAGGAAGUCACGUAUGUCAGGGGAAAAGGUACCAGGACAGCAAAAGCAACUGAAUACAAGUGUUUUGGAGCAAAAACCAAAGAGUGGGUAUACAGGCGGUGGGAAAACGUUGCACGGUUUGGAUGAAUCAAAAGCCCGAGGGACGUAAUCCCUGAAGCUGAGAGUGUGGGGACCAACAGAAUCAGAAACCCCACCCCGAAUAAAAACUGGCUUGGAGAGCCAGGAAGAAGCAGGACAGGACCCGUCGGUGCAGAACCCUCCUCAUACGUUGGGUGUAAAGUCAGCAACUGUGUAAAUCACAGAGGCUGAGAGAGGUUCGGUACAGGCAAACUCUCUCCCUGCUCUGUAAUCUCGGUCAGCCCAACCUACAAGAAGUUUUUCCAUCCUUGGGGGGCCUUUUAUUGGCGUUCGCCCUCGGCUCCAUUUUCAAACAUCACCACAGUGGAGUCCUGGGCUGUAAUCAAUCAGCCAAUGGAUACCUUUAGCAGUACCAGGCGCCGUGCCCUUACACUCUCAGACCCUGCCAGCUUCAUGGUUUUGAACAUGUUGGGAUUUGUCUCGCCUGUUUUCCUUGUCUGCUCACUUUCCCUGUGACUUCCAUUGUUCACAGGCCACAGACGUACAAUUUGUUUUUUUUACCAUCAAGUCAUUCAGUCAGGUCACAUUGUCUCUUCUAAUACACUCCAUUUAUUCAUUAUGAACCAUAGUAAAUGUUUUAAGUCUACCAUCGAACCAUAGAACAAUACAGCACAAUACAGGCCCUUCGGCCCACCAUGUUGUGCCGACUUUUAAACCUCGCUUAAGACUAUCUAACCCCUUCCUCCCACAUAUCCCCCUAUUUUAAAUUCCUCCAUAUGCUUAUCUAACAAUCUCUUGAACUUGACCAACGUACUUGCCUCCACCACCACCCCAGGCAGCGCAUUCCAUGCACCAACCACUCUCUGGGUGAAAAACCUCUCUCUGAUAUCUCCCUUGAACUUCCCACCCAUUACUUUAAAGCCAUGCCCUCUUGUAUUGAGCAUUGGUGCCCUGGGAAAGAGACGCUGGCUGUCCACUCUAUCUAUUCCUCUUAAUAUUUUGUAUACCUCUAUCAUGUCUUCCCUCAUCCUCCUCCUCUCCAAAGAGUAAAGCCCUAGCUCCCUUAGUCUCUCCUCAUAAUCCAUACUCUCCAAUCCAGGCAGCAUCCUGGUAAAUCUCCUCUGCACCCUUUCCAACGCUUCCACAUCCUUUCUAUAAUGAGGUGGUGACCAGAACUGGACACAGUACUCUAAGUUUGGUCUAACCAGAGUUUUGUAGAGCUGCAUCAUUACCUUGCAGCUCUUAAACUCAAUCCCACGAUUUAUGAAAGGUAACAUCCCAUAAGCUUUCUUAACUACCCUAUCCACCUGCGAGGCAACUUUCAGUGAUCUGUGGAUCUGAACCCCCAGAUCCCUCUGCUCUUCCACACUCCCCAGAAUCCUGCCAUUAACCUUGUACUCUGCCUUGGAGUUUGUCCUUCCAAAGUGUACCACCUCACACUUCUUCAGAUUGAACUCCAUCUGCUGCUUCUCAGCCCAGCCCUGCAUCCUAUCAAUAUCCCUCUGCAAUCUUCGACAGUCCUCCACACUAUCCACAACACCACUAACCUUAAUGUCGUCUGCAAACUUGCUAACCCACCCUUCUACCCCCUAGUUUUAUUCUACCAAAAGAAAUCAACCCAUUUCCUCCCCACUGUCUGCAAGUGGUCCUGUUUCAGUGUAAAUGUGAUCCUAGAUUGAACCUUGAGUGGUGAGAAGGGGAUGUAUUGAAUCCUGACAGUGUUGGAUGAUGCUCAGUGCUGUAGCAUUGGGUAACAUCAGGGACUGUGGCACUGGGAGCUGAUGUUGGGUGGCACCCAGCUACGUGGUGUUCUUCACUACUGCUAUGUUCUUUCCAGAGUGUGUUCUGCCCAAUUCUCCUGUUUAAUUCAUUUUUCUCUCCAGUAUUCCCACCCGUUGUUCUGACAUUCAGCUGAAGUGAGCCAGAUGCUCGCUGCUUGAGGGUCUUUCGCCCAAGUGCCUUUAUUUACACAGAACAAGGAUGACAUCCCCAGGCAUCAGCAGAAACAUCUCACCCUGCCAAACAUGCACUGUCAGCAGGGUCACUGCAAGGUGACCAGAAGCAGGAAUCCACACCAAUAUUCCAUCCCAUUUAAACCUCCUAGCCCAGAAACAAACCGUAACACUUUUUUCCACUAACCAAACUCGAAUCAGCUGACUCCAGGGAUGGCAAGCUGGUCGAGUACCUGGUGGGGAGCGUCUCCACCUUCAGAGCUGUGAUUAUUUCUACUGUCUCAGCAGAGUGUGGGCUUUUGGACUCUGUGAGAUAAGAGAACAAACACUGUCCAACUUUCUGUUCAACUGAGAGUUGAGUAAAAGAUAAAUUCUGCUGCAACAAUGCAUGUUAAUCUCAGAGGCUAAUCUUGGCACCAACUCAAGAUAAUGACGGGAGUAGUGGAGGGCUCCAUUCCCCAGCACAAGCCUGUCUCCCACUGCAGCUUGUCCCUGUGGCUUCAUGCAGUCAUGGAAUGAUAUCUCACAGAAGACAGCCAUGGAGCCUGCUUUGGAGCAAAGAAGGCUAAGAGAGAUUUAGCAGUGACGUUCAAACCCUGCAAGCUUUUGGCCCCUCAAAAGAACAUUCCGGUUAGUCUUUUCCUUCCAAAUAUUCCACAAUUAAUAACCAACUCUCUUUCAGAAGCCGCUGUUGAAUCAUCUUUAAUUACUCCUUUAGGAAGCUCAAUCCAGAUCAAAACUUGUUAUGAGAAAAUGUUCUUCUCCUCUCAGUUGCACAGUGAGUAGAGCUGCUGUCUCACAGCACCAGAGAUGUGGGUUAAUCCUGACCGGUGCUGUCUGUGUGGAGUUUGCACGUUCUCCCUGUGACCCUGUGGGUUUCCUAGGUGCUCCAGUUGCGUCCUAUAUCCCAAAGACAUGCAAAUUGAUCACUCUAAAUUGUCCGUAGUGUGUAGGUGAGUGGUAGAAUUUGGGGUUAGCUGGAAGAAAAUCUGGUGAGAAUAAAAAGUGGUAUUAACAUAGGAUUAGUGUAAAUGCUGGUUGAUGGUUGGCAUGGACUUGAUGGGCCGAAAGGGCCUAUUUCUGUGCUGUAUCUCUCCAUGACUAUGAUAAAUAAUCCAAGCUGCUGGGAUCGCGUGUGGGUCACCAACGUCCUGCCAUCAGCCACAACAGUAAGAGCGUUUCAGAAUUCAAGAAGGGACCAUCUUGCACGAGUCCCCACUACUGGACACCCACUGUCUCCUGCUGACAAGUGCAUGUGGCAAGCAAGGGCUGCAUUAGGUUUAAACAUCAUGCCUCCAUUGUUCCUACAAUCACGUGGUUCCCCCACCCCGCCCCCCCCCCCCCACAUCCCAAAGAUGUGCAGGUUGGUAGGUUAAUUGGCUACUGUAAAAUGCCCCUGGUGUGUAGGUGAGUGCUACAAUCUGGGGAGCGGAGUAACAAGAAUGAAUAAAAAUGGGAUUAAAGUAGGAUUAGUGUAAAUGAGUGGUUGAAGGUCAGUGUGGACUUGAUGGGCUGAAGGGCUUGUAUCUGUGCUGUAUCUCUCUAGGGCUGUCUCCCCUCUGACUCUUUUAUCAGUCACCUUGAAUCCUCUGGUUGUUGAUUAUCCUUUUAAGUUCUUUGAAAUAUCGAAAGCUUCUGGGGUUUUGAACAUUCUGGGUAAAUUUCCCCUUGCACUUCUCUGCUCCAAGCCUGGUUUCUGGAGCAGAACACUGGAGCUGGUGUAAAUCUGAAACAAUCAGAAAGCUGGAAGCAGCUGGCAGGUCGAGAGAAACGGUCAACGUUUCAGGUCAGGAACCCUUCAUCGGUAGCCUACCAUCUCCUGUUUCUCCACAUAACUGAGACCGCUCGACACAGGAUUGAGUUCUAUUUGUACCCCCCCCCCCCCUUUCUUUUGAAUAAUUCUGUGGACGUGAAAUGUAUACCUGCGUCCAGUGGGGGAUCCCAGCACCCAGUGAGUUACUGAGCUGUUCAGAGCAUGUUUGUUCCUGGUGUUUGCUAAUUAAACUUGUCUCGGUAGAGAAAUCCCUGCUGGAUAUGUCUGCGGACAUUAUGAAGAUAGUAUGCAAUGUGAUGCCCUGUAAGCUCACCAAAGAGAAGAAUGGCAUCUUGGGUAUGGUGGCAAAGAGGCUGUGUGGAAAUAAAACCCAGCAUAGGCCAUACUGCAGUAGGAAUGUAAUAAAGGAAAGAAUGCUGUCUCCCUCAAUCAUGGACUGCUGCAUGGCAUGUCAUUACGUGUUGUUCUCUGUCUACACAUACUGCCAGAUCUACAUGUACUGUAUUAUUAAAUAAUA